GAUUUAUAUAUUAAAUGCACCUAUAUCAAGUUCGUAAAUGAAAGUGAAUUCAAGUUUUUUAGGCGAAGAAAAAAUGUAAGUGGGACGAUUUAAUUCUUUACACGCACCUGCAUCAAGUGCAUAGUUUGAUUGAUUUUCCAUGAACACCCUUGAGGCUUCACCUAUUCAGGUAACCGUAAGGUUACAAGUACGAGGACGAGACUGAUCUGGGCGUUUUUUAUCAAGAAAUUCUCAAACAGAACUGUAUUUGGCAUUUAUAAAUUUUUGGGUGGUAAAAAUCCCGGAGAUAACGUCGCUGUCUAUCUUAGAAACUGUCUCAAUAAUAAUUGAUCAUUAAGGACAAAUACACGACUGCGCCGCUAAUUUUAAUAAAAGUAAGGGAGAGGGGGGUCUGACAUUAUGUUCCUCUAUAAAAUCGGCAUAUGGUCAAUUUACUCCUUAUUUAUUUGCGCCUUAUUCUCGAAUCAUACAUAAUCGAUAGAGUAUAAACAGUAUAACGCGUCAGUAGUUUUCGCAGUCAACAGGCUUGCGCGUCAAUAUGAAGGUGCUUUUAAGGGCUGAUACCCAUGUUAGCUUUAAACUUAACGACGAUGCACCGAAACCUAAAUGUACACUAUCUCAGGUGAUUACGGCCCUUUCUGUAUCUUUAGUGUCCCUUAUUGUAGGAUUUGUGUCAGCUUAUACAUCACCCGCCGAAGAAACGCUUAGAAGCGAAGUUGGAAUUAAUAAGGAACAGUAUUCCUGGGUUUGCGGUUUGAUGCCACUCGGUGCUCUGAUUGGAGGAUUAGUUGGAGGCCAAUUGAUAGAAUUAACGGGAAGAAAGACUACAAUAUCUAUAACCAACGUACUGUUUGUGGUAUCAUGGGCAAUGGUUGCCCUUGCAACCAAUGUUUGGUAUUUAUACGCAGCUAGAAGUAUUUCUGGAUUUUGCGUCGGAAUUGCAUCUUUGGCUUUGCCCGUUUAUCUUGGAGAAACUGUUCAACCAGAGGUCAGGGGCACUUUAGGUUUAUUGCCAACAGCAUUUGGUAAUAUAGGAAUUCUUAUGUGUUUCACAAUCGGAAGCUAUGUGAAAUGGAACCAACUGGCGUGGGUAGGAAUCUGUCUGCCAGUUCCAUUCUUAUUCCUGAUGUUUAUCAUACCAGAAACCCCAAGAUGGUAUGUUGCCAAAGGAAAACAUGAACAAGCACGUACCGCUCUACAGUGGCUGAGAGGAAAAGAUGCGAAUGUUAAAGCCGAAUAUGAAGAACUCGAAAAAUCUCAAAAGGAAAGUGAUGAAUCCUCAAGCAGCUCAAAUCUAGGUGAAUUGUUUAACAGAGUUCACCUCAAACCACUUUUGAUUUCGUUGGGUCUCAUGUUUUUCCAACAAAUGAGUGGUAUCAACGCCGUAAUUUUCUAUACCACUUCAAUUUUUGAGAUGGCAGGAUCGACCAUUAAUAAAAAUCUUUGCACAAUAAUCGUAGGAAUCGUAAACUUUGUCUCCACCUUUAUCGCAACAGUACUUAUUGAUAGACUUGGACGAAAAGUUCUUUUAUAUGUAUCCAGCGUUUCAAUGACGAUAACACUAGCAUGUUUGGGCACAUAUUUCCAUUUAUCGAAAAACGGGGUAGAUGUAUCUAAUUACGGAUGGUUACCGUUGGUAAGCUUCGUCGUCUACGUACUCGGAUUUUCAUUAGGAUUUGGCCCAAUUCCAUGGUUAAUGUUAGGAGAAAUUUUGCCAGCGAAAAUUCGGGGAUCGGCCGCUGCUUUGGCAACAGCAUUCAAUUGGACAUGCACAUUUAUUGUAACGAAAACUUUUGUUGAUAUAAUAUCUCUAAUUGGACCUGAUGGUACUUUCUGGUUAUUCGCCGUCAUUUGUACUAUAUCGCUAAUUUUUGUUAUCAUGUGGGUUCCCGAAACGCAAGGACAAAGUUUGCAAGAUAUCGAAAGAAAAUUGGCUGGAUUCAAAGUUAGAAGAAUGAGUUCCAAAGCAAAUAUGAAACCGCUACCUUCGACUUUCUAGCGUUUUUAUUCCUUAUUAGCAACAACAAAGCCAAAUGUAGUAUGCGAUAUUAGAAUAAGAUGUCUUAUUAAAACUUUUAAGGUGUGCUUGAAAACAAAAAAUGUUUUAAAUGUGAAAAUGACUUUAAACAAUUUUUGUGUGCCAGUUCAAAAAUGAUUGAGUGAACUAUAAUAAAAGUAUUUCGAUGGUGUGAUUAAGGAAGCAUUUUCAUAUUACCUAUGUGAUAGUAAAUUAUUAGAUUAAGAAAUUAGAUCUGAUACUGAUAGGCCUUUAGAUUAAUAAAUUUAAUAUUAUAUAUUUAUUUUUAUACACUUGACAAUUUUAUAUUGAAUAUGUAAAUACAAGUUUUACUGAUAGUAUGAAUUAACAAGUGCUUUUUGAAAAAGCAUUAUUGUGGCUUGAAAAAUGUUCCUAGUUAACAGCAAUUGUAAGCCACAAAUCAUUGGUUACGAGACUGCAAAAAUGUUUUAUGCCAAUACUAUUUAUAAACUUUGUUGAUAUCCUAUUUUAAAAUAAACGAAAUACAAAUGUC